UGGAGGUCAUGUGACCAGCGUCAGCACACUGCUGUGGGUAAUGUGUGCAAUGGCUGGUGCACAGCUAUGUGUCUUGCUGUAUCUGGGGGCUUCUCUCUGUAGCGGUUUCACUUAUGGAAGAUUUAGGAGAAGACCCUCUGAAUUCCCAGUGACAGUGCAGGAUCACUGGUUCCAGCAGAAGUUGGAUCACUUCAAUGGAGCCGAUACCAGAGUGUGGAACCAGAGAUAUUAUGUGAACGACUCUUUUACAAAAGAUAAUGGCCCCAUCUUCUUGAUGAUUGGAGGGGAAGGAACUGCCAAUCCAGCUUGGAUGACCCAAGGGACAUGGAUAACAUAUGCUGAAAAAUUGCGAGCCCUUUGUUUCCUGCUGGAGCACAGGUUUUAUGGAAAAAGCCACCCAACAGAGAAUAUGAGUGUGGAUAAUCUCCGUUACCUAAGCAGUCAGCAAGCUUUGGCAGAUCUUGCCCACUUCCAGGUAGUGAUGACUGAAAAACUUGGAUUAGGUAACAGGAAAUGGAUUGUAUUUGGUGGAUCCUAUCCUGGGUGUCUUGCGGCAUGGUACCGAUUAAAGUUUCCUCACUUGGCCCAUGCAGCUGUAGCCAGCAGCGCCCCUGUACAAGCCGUGCUGAAUUUUUCUGAAUACCUAGAUGUGGUGCAGUCCUCAUUGGCUAGAAAUCACUCGGGUUGCCCCAAGAUGAUGAAAGUGGCUUCAGAUACAUUGAUAGAGCUGCUGCUCUACAAAGAAAACUACGAGAAAAUCACACGUGACUUCAACCUGUGUAAACCACUGGAGAUCAACUCAAAAAUGGACUUGGCCUUUCUCCUUGAUACCAUAGCUGAAUACAUUAUGGAUAUUGUUCAGUAUAACAAUGACAACCGAGAGUUUGAGGGUGUGAAAAACACAAAUAUCACCAUUCAGGUUGUUUGUGAUAUUAUGGCGAACGAAUCAUGGGGCUCCCCAUAUGACAGAUAUGUUGAAGUCCUUCACACCAUUAUAAAAGCCACACAGGAGAAAUGCAUUGAAGCAAGUUACCAGACAUAUGUUCAAGACAUGAGGGACUGCCGAUGGGAAGGAGCUGCAUCUACAGGAGGUAGACAAUGGAUGUACCAGACUUGUACAGAAUUUGGAUAUUUCCAGUCUUCAGAUUCCACUUCACAGCCAUUCUCUGGUUUCCCAUUAAGCUACCACAUCCAACAGUGUGCUGAUAUUUACUGCUCCGAAUUUAAUUCGUCAGUGGUUACGGCUGGCAUUCAGCAAACAAAUGAAAAUUAUGGUGGCCUUAAUAUUCAAAGCAGUAGAACCAUUUUUCCAAAUGGAUUAAUUGACCCUUGGCAUGCACUGGGGAUUAACAGGAGCCUUAGCAGCGAUGUCGUGGCUAUUCCAAUGCAAGAUGCUGCUCACUGUGCUGAUAUGUAUCCUGCCCGAAUACAAGAACCUCCCAUUUUACCAGCUGUAAGAAAACACAUAUACGAGCUGCUUACAAAGUGGCUCCAGUAAUAAUACAUUGUGAGCGUUCUAGUCUCCUAUGGGUGAUAUGUACAGUUCCUACCCACUGAGCAUUAAACAUAAGGUUUAUUAACCUAUAAAGAUUUUGCAAACUACAUCUUUUGUUUUCCAGUUGUUGCUAAACUACAACUUCCAUCAUGGCCUUGCAUGCGCCAGCAUACUGCGCGCUGUCUUAUGUAAACAGCUGCAGAGCACAAAUGAUCCUGGAUAAUAAAAUAUGCUGUAUCACAAAAAUGUAAUGCUUGAAGAUCACAUAUACUCUGCAGAUGGUUUUCAACAUAUUGGAUGAUUUUUGUGUCAAUAUGACCACACAGCAUGUGGCAGAAUUUUGCUGUUUAGAUAAACGUUUUGUUUCUUGUCCUGGCUUCAAUUUUAUUUU